CGACGUCCUCAAAAAUCAAUAUACCCUCCCGCGUACUCCAUCUAGCCAUUUAUUUCGCUACGAUAUAUCAACUUAUUUCUAUCUUCUCUCCAUUUAACCCGCCGCCACAAUGUUUAUCGCGCGAUCUGAAUAUGAUCGUGGCAUCAACACAUUUUCCCCAGAAGGCCGUCUUUUCCAGGUCGAAUACUCAUUGGAAGCCAUCAAGCUUGGUUCGACCGCAAUUGGAGUAGCGACAUCAGAAGGUGUAGUUUUAGGUGUUGAGAAACGAGUUACAUCUACCCUCCUAGAAACCUCCUCCGUCGAAAAGAUUGUCGAGAUAGACCGUCACAUAGGUUGUGCUAUGUCUGGUUUACAGGCCGAUGCCCGAUCGAUGAUCGAACACGCCCGCGUGGAAAGUCAAAAUCAUGAAUUUCACUACAAAGAACCCCUCCGAGUCGAAAGCUGUACGCAGGCCAUUUGCGAUCUGGCUUUGAGGUUUGGAGAGGGGGCAGAUGGAGAGGAGAGCGUGAUGAGUAGGCCUUUCGGAGUUGCCCUUCUCAUCGCAGGUUAUGACGAAGAUGGACCACAAUUAUAUCACGCAGAACCUUCUGGCACAUUCUACCGUUAUGAUGCCAAAGCCAUAGGUUCCGGCAGCGAAGGUGCCCAGGCCGAACUGCAGAAUGAAUAUCAUCGGUCCCUGACACUGGCGGAGGCAGAGACCCUAGUGUUAAAGACCCUGAAACAGGUCAUGGAAGAGAAGCUGGAUGCGAAAAAUGUACAACUGGCCAGUGUGACGAAAGAGAAAGGAUUCCGCAUUUAUAACGAGGAGGAUAUGGCUAGAGUAGUCUCUACAUUGGGAGAAAACUAGCGCCACCUAUAAGCAGCCUAUCGUCUUGGUAGACUAAUAGAUAGACCACUUUGAUCGAGAAAGGACCGCUUUUCCUCAAACCGCCUUAUGGCUUUGUCAUGCUAAACCUCACGGUCCUCCGGUUCUACCUGAUCUUGUAAACACACGGUUUCAACACCUUAGCUUCUUCCUCCGGAGUUAUCGUGCUAUCUUCAGGCCCAAGGAACCUCUUCUUAGCCGCUUUCGCUGCAACCCCCGCGCCAGCCCAUUUCCCCUUUGUCGGCACUCCAUGCUUGACAAACUCCAUUUUGAUAAACAUCUUAUUUGACUUAUCCACUGACUGCGGCUUCAAAAUAAAACCUCUUGUCCUGAACACUUCCACAAACGCAGAUAUGUCAGUUUCAUCGUCAUCAUUUGGGUUUGCACGCACGUCUUCGGCAAAUAUUUCAUCGCCAACAUCGUCCUCAUCGUCGUCUGUCUCCUUGCGCUUCUUCUUCGUCUUAUUUUUACUCCAUGCGGGAGGCUUAGAAGCCUGUUUACUCUUCUUGGUCACUUUUCCAAACCGACUCUUGACCUCACUGACCCAGCAUUCACCCUUGCCGUCUCCCCUCAGAACUCUCCAGGCCUCUUCGACGAAAGACACCCAAUUCGUCCCCAUUAAACUGAGGCAGAAAAUUGUGA